AUGGGCAAGGACAAGGUCGAAAAGAAGGACCGCGCUGAGAAGAAGGAGAAGCGUGCGGAGAAGGACGGUGUGCACAAGGUCAAGAAGGAGAAGAAGGAAAAGAAGGAAAAGACCGCUCUCGCCGAUGCUGUCGCCAAGGAGGUUGGUGACGAUGUCAUGGAGGGUCUUGAGGAGACCGGUGCCGUCUCUGUCAAGGGCGAUAUCGAGGUCGAGGCCGUCGACCGCCCCGUUGGCGCCGUCGUGCCCUUCGCCAGCCCAUUGGUUGAAGACAAGCAGGCCAAGAAGGUCCUGAAGAGCGUCAAGAAGGCCGCCGUCAACAAGUCCCUCAAGCGUGGUGUCAAGGAGGUCGUCAAGGCUCUCCGCAAGUCCGCUAUCCCCGCCGCCAACGCUCCUAUUGGCACCCCCAACGGUGUUGUCGUUCUCGCUGCCGAUAUCUCCCCCAUGGAUGUCAUCUCUCACAUUCCCGUCCUCUGCGAGGACCACGGUAUUCCUUACGUCUUCGUUACCUCCCGCGCCGAGCUCGGUGCUUCCGCUGCCACCAAGCGCCCCACCAGUGUGGUCAUGGUUACCCCCAAGGCCGCCAAGGGCAAGAAGGAAGACGAUGAGGAGUUCACCAAGGUGUUCGAGGAGCUUGCUGGUCUGACCCAGAAGGAGCAGAGCAAGCUGACUGUCUAA